AUGUCCAUCCUCUCCAAUGAGGGAUGCGACAUUCACUACUGGUACCAAGGACAAGGCCCUCUCAUUUUAUUCGUUCCUGGAGGCAAUGGACAUGGACGCCAAUACAACCCCAUCAUCACCGCGCUAUCAGACAGGUACACUUGCGCCACCUUCGACCGGCGCCAGAUGUCUGCAAGCAAGGCGAAAGUCAACAAGAGGCUCAACCCUCCGCAGCAAGCCCGUGACAUCUGCGCUAUCGUAAAAGCCCUUGGGUUCGACAAAACUAUCCUCUUUGGGAGCAGCGGGGGUGGUAUCUUGUCGUUCCAGUUCGCAAUCGACUUCCCCCACAUGGUCGAUCACAUCAUUGCGCACGAGGCCCCGACCUUCACCUUGUUGCCGAAUGCCUCCGAGGUUUUCGAAUUUCUGUAUGACUGCCUCGAGUUAUACGAGAAUUCUGGUCUUCAGGCUGCACAGACGCAGUUUGCAUCAAAACUCAUUGGGUACUCUGAUGAGGGCGUACCAAGCACUGUGUCGCCGGAGCCGAGUAACCCAGUGAACUUCUGGGAGAACGAGUUCGCUAUUCUGUUAGGCUACCUGCCAAGUUUGUAUCGGAUAAAAGAGAACAAUACCAGCAUCGGAUUGAUGAGGGGUACGAGAAGCAGGGACGCUUGGUAUGCGCAGGCAGUUGAUGAACAAGAGAAGAUUUUGGAGUGUCCUCGGCUCGAUGUUCCGGGGGCGCAUGAAGGCUUCCAGGUCGAGUUGGAAGCAUUCCUUCCUUACUUCUUACGGCUUCUGGAACUUCUUGAGGAGAAAAGGUCCCGAAAUAUGUGA